AUGAAAGCACCAGCACCUCAACCAAGUGAUGGCAUUAGAACAAGAAAAAAACCAUCAUCAAGGGGGCAUCCAAGAUUCGUUGGCGUUCGCCAAAGACCAUCAGGAAGAUGGGUAGCUGAGAUAAAAGAUUCUUUGCAAAAAGUUAGGCUAUGGCUUGGAACAUUCGACACUGCUGAGGAUGCUGCAAGGGCUUAUGAUCAAGCGGCUCGGACCCUAAGAGGGGCUAAUGCUCGCACGAAUUUUGAACUACUCGCGUCUGAUUCCCACCAAGGUAGUAAUAUUCUUGAAAAUUCUGAGCCUUUUAACUUUGAAGAAGCCUGCAGAACUGAGGAACCUGAGAAUGGUCUUGUUGGUGCACUUAAAGCUAAACUAUUUAACAGCAAGAACUCAAGAUCUUUUAUUCAAGCUUGUGCCUCUAAUUCCAAUUCCCAAUUAGCAUCCAAAAUUAAACCAUCAGUACCCUCACUUGAAAUCAAGAAAACAUCCUCACAAGCAAGACAAGCUGUCACAUUAGCCAGAGGAUUAAUGAGCAAUGUGGAAGCUGAGAACUUACCUAUAAGAGACCAUACACAUGUAUUAAAUACUGGACAAGGUAAGAAUUAUUCUGAUAACUUGUUCAGGAGCAAUAACAAUCUUGAUUACAUUAGCAUGAUGACGAGGGAUCAUCAGCCCAUGAUUUCGUCAGAGUUUCAAAAUAACCAGUGGCAAAGUGGGACAAGCUCAGCAAUAAUGUGGGCUAACGAGCAAGGACGAUUGCCAUGGGGCCACGAUGAAGUUUCAUAUGGUACUACAAAUAAUAACAUUAACACUAACACUUUUGGUGGUGGUAGUAGUACUACUGCUACUAAUACAUGGCCAGUUUCAAUUAGUUCAGUUUUAGGGACAAGUGAACCAACGGUUGAUUUGUCUACAUUUGGGGAAGUAGAUAUUUUAAAUGGGCCAACAAUGAUGCCCAAUAUGAAUGGAUUAACACAAACAGCUUCAGUUCCAACUGAACAACAGAUGCUGCAGUUUGAAAAUGGACUUUGGGGUGCUGGUGAAAGUGCAGCUUGGGAUCCUUUUCUUUUAUCAUCUGUGCUGGGAUAA